CCUCUUCAACCCAAAUUCUUCCAUCUCUCUCUUUUUUCUCAUCUGCCCUCCAUGCACCUAAAGCUCCACUUUCUCUCUCAUCACCUCAACAAAGAAAACAACCACUUCUUCAUACUCUCCUCCUUAAUCCUCUCCGCCGUAGUCGGCUACAACCUCCUCACGCAGCUACACCCUCUCUCUCCCUUCAACAUCGACUUCACCCGGAUCCUACCCACAAACCCGCCAAAAAAAGUCUGCGAUUACAGCUACGGCAAGUGGGUUUGGGAUGAAACCCAACCGGGUCGGACCUACACCGAGAAUUGCCCGUUUCUGGAUCCGGGUUUCCGCUGCCUAAGUAACGGCCGCCGCGAUUCCGGUUACCAGAAAUGGCGUUGGCAGCCCCAUCUAUGUGAUAUUCCAAGGUUCGAUGAGAGGGAGUUUCUAGAGCGGAGCCGAGGCGGGCGGGUCGUGUUCGUGGGCGACUCGAUAGGCCGAAACCAAUGGGAGUCGCUAGUGUGCAUGCUCGCGCAAGGCGUCUCCAAUGCGUCCGCAAUAUACGAAGAAAACGGCAACCCAAUAACAAAGCACAAAGGGUACCUGUCCAUCAAAUUUCAAGAUUACAAUCUCACGGUAGAGUAUUUCAGAGUGCCUUACCUCGUGACCACGGGUCGCCCGCCUAAAGGCGCCCCGGAGCAGGUCCGGGGCGCCAUCAUGGUCGAUAAGCUGCACUGGCUAUCGUCCAAGUGGGUGGGCGCGGACGUCCUCAUUUUCAGCGCGGGGCAUUGGUGGAACCAAGACAAGACAUUAAACUCGGGCCACUACUUUCAGGAGAUGGAGCAUGUGAAUAUGACAAUGGAUGUGAUGGAAGCUUUUCGAAGAUCACUCCACACUUUGAAGCUGUGGGUGACACAAAAAUUGGACACUAGGAAAUCUCAUGUCUUCUUUAGGAGUUACUCCCCUGUACAUUUCAGGGAUGGAGAAUGGAACAGAGGUGGGUACUGUAACACGAGCAACGAGCCGGAGACGGAUUACUCGAGACUCGAGCGGGAGCCAUUGAACAAUCAAAUAAUUUAUGAGGUGUUUAGACACAGAAAUACAGAGGAAAACAGAGUUGAGAUAUUGAACAUAACAUAUAUGACAGAGCUGAGAAAAGAUGGGCACCCGUCGAGCAACCGGGAGCCGGGGACUCCGGCCAGUGCGCCGCAGGACUGCAGCCACUGGUGCCUGCCCGGAGUGCCGGACACGUGGAACCAACUUCUUUAUGCUCAGCUGGUGGCAAUGGGAUUCAGAUCAAAGGGAUGAAAAAAACUGCUUUUUUUGUUGUUGCAGUGUUGCUAAUAUAGUAGUAUGAGCUAACUUAACACCAAGUUUAGAAUAAGAAAGUAAAGAUUGGCAUUGUAUUAUUGUUUUAAGGAAAGGUAACAAGUAUUUCAAAUUUACCAA